AUGGCAUCAUCUCCCCCACCACCAUCCUCUCCUUCCAACAACUCUAGCAAACUCGACUACUACUACUUCGUCAUCGGCCUCGCACUUGUCGCCAUCGUACUCCUUGUCACCAACGCUAUCGCCGUCGGUUGCUGCUCUUGGUUUCGCCAAUUCCUCUCAUCGCGUGACAUGCUAAGCAGCGGGCAAAACGAAGCAGAAGUGUGGCGUUGGAUUCCGUCGUUCAAGUAUCGUAAGAAGGAACAUGGGGUUGGUGGAGGGGAAGGAGAAGCCGCGCCAGAGUGCACGGUUUGUCUAUCAACGUUUGAUGAAGGGGAGGAGGUUAGACAGUUGCCGUCUUGUGGGCACUCUUUUCAUGCAGAAUGUAUUGAUAUGUGGCUCAACUCGCAUAGCAGCUGUCCGGUUUGCCGCGGAAGUGUUUUACCAACACCGUCACAUUCGAUGGAUUUGUCGGCUCAAUUUCACUCUCAGGUAAAUCUCCUGCCGAGGGCGAGCGGCGACGAAGAGGUUGGGGGAUCUGUAUGA